AUGACUGUUAUGAGUAGUUCAAAACGAGGACCUCUUUUAUUUCAAAUUCAGCAGUUCACCGGUAUCAAUACAGUGAUGUACUACAGCCCAACUAUAGUCCAAAUGGCAGACUUCUCUUCCAACCAGCUGGCACUUCUCUUAUCCCUGAUCGUCGCUGCCAUGAAUGCUGUGGGGACCAUCGUUGGAAUUUACUUAAUUGACCAUGUUGGUCGGAAAAAACUGGCCCUCGAGAGUUUAUCCGGUGUGUUGGCAUCCUUGGCAAUUCCCUCUGGUGCAUUCUUUGCAGAAUCCCCCGAUUCUACAAACAGGGUAUACGGGUGGCUCGCGGUCAUCGGUUUGGCCCUCUACAUUGCUUGCUUCUCACCCGGUACGGGACCCGUACCAUGGACAGUGAACUCAGAGAUAUACCCUGAGGCAUAUCGCGGAACAUGUGGUGGCAUGUCGGCCGCCGUCAAUUGGAUUUCGAACUUGAUUGUGGCACAGACAUUUCUCAGCAUCGCUGAUGCAGUGGGGACAGGUGCGACGUUCUCGAUUCUUGCGUGUGUAGCCACGUUGGCCAUCGUGUUUGUGGUCAUGUUUGUGCCUAAGACAAAGGGGUUGACUUUUGAAGAGGGGGAGAAGAUAUGGAAAGAGACAGCUUGGGGAAGUAGCCAAGGCAAAUAUAAUACAGAAGGCAUCCUUGAAGACGGAGCCUGA